AUGCUUCUCUAUCAUCUUCAACUGAAUUCUUCACCUUCACCAGACGCCACGUCCUCCCUGCGAGAUUCUGGGAGCCCCUUUCCCUCCAGGAUCUUGGAAGCAUACACUCAUAUCUUCGAGUCGUCUCUGGCGUACAUUAUUGCUCACGAACCGCAAAAUGCACCGUUCUUGCCAGAAGCUAGAGAGUUGCAGGAAAUCUGCCUCACUUGCAGCGGGAACGUAACCAACACUGCAUCAGCCAUUCUCCAAGGAGGCAGAAAUGUGCAAAAAGACUUGCGGCGGAAGGCUCAGAUCUUGUCUUUAGAUCUGCCUGAGUCCUUUACUCGUUCGCCGCAGAUUUGGCUUAUGUAUAACACGGCACCCCAAGCUUUUAAAGAAGCUGGAACCUGGCUCCUUAAGUUUUUCAAUGGGUUCCAUACUCUUUCUGAUGCAAAGGUAUUCAGGACUGAGACUCAUCUGUUCGGAAUCACACACUGCUUAUUGCAGGAGGAAGAUGAGAUCUGGAUACUGGAUGCAGCAUUUGCGCCCAUAUGUCUUAGGCCGCUUCCGGGUGGAAAGUACCAAUUCGUCGGUGAGGUUCAUAUGGAAGGUAUCAUGGAUGGCGAAGCACUUCAGUCCUGCGACAAUCCUAUUUCAAUUACGCUUGAAUGA